CAAUUUGGUUGGUUGAUUUCCAUCCACGUGUUGGAUGCUGGUAUUGGACUGGAAUCUCAAUUAUAGAAAAGUUUUCUAAAGGAAAGUGUCAUUGAUCAAGUGUUUUUUUUAUACUUCUAUUCAUAUUCACAGACAAGUCUCACAUAACCAUUGAAAAUGAUUGUUGGGUACCAGUACACAGCGAUGACCAUAACGGGAGCGUUUCAUUUGGGUAUUGGAGUUCUAUGCUUCAUUAUUUCAAUGGUGGGAUAUUCCACAAAAUUAUUUCGGUACGGUGAUAAUCGGAAUUUGUCUGUUGUAACCUCUACACCAGCAUUUAUUAUAAGUCUAUGGGUUAUCUUGGUUGGAAUAUUUGGAAUUCUUGCUGGUCUCAGGUCAAAUACGGAAUUACAAACCAGGAGAAUGAAAAUUACUUACAUGGUCCUUGCCAUUUUGUCAGCAUGUCUCUUUGCACUUGGUGGAAUUAGUGCCUUUUCUGUCCAUGCAACUUGGGUUAAAAUAUAUGGUUACGAUAGUCUGUAUCCAUUAUUUUGUGUUGGAGCAUUUGCUAUGUUUGUGGAAUUUGUUUUGGCUAUUGUCUCUUCAUCCAUUUGCUGCUGCUGUUCACAAGCAAGGAGUAGUGUUGUUGUUGUGCAACACAACCAGGCCACAGAGUUUGUGAACCCGUCAAUCAACUCAUAGAGUGCUUUUGCAAUUCUCUUAUUUUCCAACAGUUACAAAUAUAUAUAUACAUAAUAUGUCUCCACAAGAAUACAUUUUUAAAAUAAAUUCAUCAUAUAUUGUGAAAUUGAGAAAUCUUUAAAAUGAAUUAUAUACAUCAAAUUUGUAUUUUAAAUUGUAUUCUAGCUAAAACAUUUUAUUCAAUAAAAGUUACUAAAAUAUUCUGAAUCCCCCUACCCAUUUCUUGUUUUGCUAGUUUAUAUAUACAGCUUACAUAUGAGAGAAGGGUGCACUAUAUAGUUUAUAUAUGUAGUUGUGUUUAUAUUUACACAUGAACAACCAUUGUAUCCUAUUGUUACUCUAAACAAACCUUGGCAACAUGUACUAUUGUCACUGAAACUGACCCUAUUAACAUAUCAGCUGAGCUAUGUUAUAUCAAAGUAUCAUCACUAACUGCCUUUUAAUACUAACUAUACUUUACUGUUAAAUUACCUGUCAGUGUGUUUAACACUGAAAUUUAUUAUUACACUACAUAUUUUCAUCAACUUUCUAUUUUUCUCAAAUAAAACAUGUUAUUCAUUACUUUUUUGUUCUCCCUUCUUAAUCUUCAGAUAUACUCCUUUUAAAUGUUUGUACCAACUAUCCCUUACUUCAAUGUCUAGAUGUACUUAUUUUACUAGUAAUUGAUCUGUACCAAAAUAAGUACAAUUUCUAGUGUAUAUGCACUAAUUCAUGUUCAGUUCUUUUUUGUAUUCUAUCAAGAAUAUAAUUCUUACUUUUUGGGCAUGUUUAGUUUAUAAUAUUUUUGCUAAAAGUUCUUGAUUAUUUUAUUCUUUUAUUUUGUUUGUGAUUUGUUCCAAGUAUCCACUACUGCACAUUACUAUUAUAUUAGUAUUUUGAUGAUAAAUAUUUUUGCAGCUCACGGGGUCACAUUAUCAAUUGUAUUUUGUUGCCUAUAAAUAAAGUUUUAAAAUCAU